AUGAUGAAGGUGCGGAGAUCGGUUCUUGCCGUACGUAGCCUUUCCACAAAACGGCUAGAGAGGUCGACGAAAGGUGACGCUGCAUACGAAAGCUACUUGCAGUCUGCAACAGUACGACAUCGACGAAACAGAGCGCGGACGAAAGAAAAGAAAUUGCCUGAAAAUAAGACUGAGCCAAAAAGGUUGAGUGGGAGACGAGAGAGAGCCGCGAAAAGCGUCAUUCCAACUCGGACGGCAGGCACACAAACUCAUCGAACUAAAAGAAUUGGUGCUAGUGGAGAUCUUGCCAAAUCAGCAAGAAACGUCCCCGAAUCUUCUGUAGCCAAAAGAUUAGGGAUGACCUCUCAACCGCUUGCGGAAACUUCAACGCAAGUUGCUUCAAGCAAAAGCGCACCAAUCAUAGAAUCUGCUGAUGCACAUAGAAAUCGUUCAUCUUCAAAAAUUCCGCUGUUGGUGUUGUUUGGAUUGACGUCAGGAAGUAUUGUAUGGACGUUGGGGCAAUCUCAUGAGAUUCUAGAAAAAAAUCCACUAUUCCAGAAAUAUAUCGAUGAGGCGAGACAGCUUCUGCUGCCGCGAGGAGAUGUGAAGAGCAAAGAAAUGAAACAAGAUCAUACCAGUGAGAAGUCGAAGAAAGAACGAGAGCAAGAGCUAGAAGAUACUUUGUAUUGCAUCCCUGUGGUGGAGAUCCUUAAAUCUGUUGUACAUUACAUUGCAGCAAUAGGCAUACUAGUGCUUUCACUUUUUCUAGAACAGACUUCUUUAGCCUCAAAAGUUUCAAUCUUCACAUCUUUCAUCAAUGCCAUCAUUGGCAUUUCCAAUGUGGAAUGCUCUCUAAUCAAAUAUGAAGAAUCAUCAUCAGAUAUACAGUAUGAUUUUGAUUUGAGAUCUGAACUCUACCCAGCUGCCCCGGAUUCAGACCAUGAUGCUACACUUUCAGAUGGAGCCCCUUCCAGAAACCCUCGAGGACCACAACCCGACACCGAGCCAGAAGAUACGGGACCUGGGGACCAAGCUGAGUUGACCGAUUAUGAAGAGGAAAGAGAGGUCCCACUCAGCGCUUGGGUCCAUCUCAUGACAAAUCACUGUCGAGUGAAAUGUGUCGGACCCACGACAAACAGCAAGCAAGACAAUAUCAUAUCCCCACGUUGGUAUGAAGGAGUCCCAUCUACCAAGGACAUUGACAAGGAAACUGGGGAAUUUAUUAUUCACGGUCAACAAUAUGGUCAGUGUCAGACCGAGAAGGAAAUGGAUGAGCAUCUCAACCGAGUCUCCACUGAGGUUCUCUCCAUCUCAGACGAAGAGGAAGAGCAUGAUGACACCGAUGUCAAUACUAGCAAAGUGGAUUCUGAGGGACAAUUCUUGGAUGGCUCAGACGACGACCACCAAGACGACCUUGACCGAAUCAAUGAACUGAUCGCUGAGAUCGAAGAGGCAAAGUUGAAGAAGCUGAAAGCGGAGAAGGC